AUGACCAAGACCAAUCAAGGCCGCUUGUUGGCGUACAACAUCUAUAUCACGCGAAAAGCGUCCAUGGAUCAGGAGAGCCACCACCGCCAUCUUACUGAAGUCAACACCCCAAUCAUCAAGCCACUUCUGGAGAAGUAUGGAGCAGUGUCAUACAGCGUGGUGAGCAUCAAAGCCCUAGAGACCUUGGGCUGUCCACAAGCUGACGACUGGACGAGGUUCAUCAUGACUCAACAGUCGAUCGUGACUUGGAUGUCUUGCUUGGUUGGUGGGACGCAAUCCAGUAACGAGUUCUCAGCUGACUGUGUGGUGAUAGCUGGAAUGCCAGUCGAAAAGCGGCCUGAUGUCCUUCUGCCCUACGAUACUGUCGUCUCCAUCGUAGUGCCUAACGUCGAUUGCAUCAAUCGCAUGAGGUCUGAUCCAGACUUCCUGAGCAAAUACAUGCCCGACCAUGACAACUUUGCGGACUUGUCGCGCAGUCGGACCUCGCUCGGUUGGGUCGAAGCUUUCUCCUUCCAGGAGUAA